UCUACAAAUAAGUCGUGCAAAGCAGCAUCGUGGAUUCACCUAACUCCCGCAGCUACUAAUCACCGCCACUCUACUCUUCUUUCUCUUUCGGCUCACGCGCUCUCUCUCAGUCACACAGAUCCGAUCUCAGCUAUGGCCACCAUCCGGCUCGUCAAGGCCCGACAGAUCUUCGACAGCCGUGGAAACCCGACCGUCGAGGUUGACGUGACAUGUUCACAUGGCAUUUUUGCUAGAGCCGCUGUUCCAAGUGGUGCAUCCACUGGAGUUUACGAGGCCCUUGAACUAAGAGAUGGAGGGUCAGACUACCUUGGAAAAGGGGUGUUGAAGGCUGUUGAGAAUGUCAACAAGAUCAUCGGCCCUGCCUUGAUUGGAAAGGACCCAACUGAGCAGGCUGCUAUCGAUAACUUCAUGGUUCAACAACUUGAUGGAACUGUUAAUGAGUGGGGUUGGUGCAAACAGAAGCUUGGAGCAAAUGCCAUACUUGCUGUGUCUCUUGCAGUCUGCAAAGCUGGGGCUAUUGCUAAGAACAUUCCUCUUUACAAGCAUAUCGCAAACCUUUCUGGCAACAAGAAGUUGGUGUUGCCUGUUCCUGCUUUCAAUGUGAUUAAUGGUGGAUCACAUGCAGGAAACAAGCUUGCAAUGCAGGAGUUCAUGAUUCUUCCUGUAGGUGCUUCUUCUUUCAAGGAGGCAAUGAAGAUGGGUGUGGAAGUAUAUCACAAUUUAAAGGCUGUAAUUAAGAAGAAAUAUGGUCAGGAUGCGACAAAUGUUGGUGAUGAAGGUGGCUUCGCUCCUAAUAUUCAGGAAAACAAGGAGGGUCUUGAAUUGCUCAAAAUAGCCAUUGCUAAAGCUGGUUACACAAGCCAAGUUGUCAUUGGUAUGGAUGUUGCUGCAUCAGAAUUUUAUGGACAAGAUAAAACAUAUGACCUGAACUUCAAGGAAGAGAACAAUGAUGGUUCACAAAAGAUCUCAGGUGAUGCUCUAAUAAAUCUGUACAAGUCAUUUGUGUCUGAGUACCCUAUUGUAUCAAUUGAAGAUCCGUUUGACCAAGAUGACUGGGAACACUACUCAAAGCUUACUGCUGAAAUUGGAGAGAAAGUACAAAUUGUUGGUGAUGAUCUUUUGGUCACCAAUCCCAAGAGGGUUGAGAAGGCAAUCAAAGAAAAAUCUUGCAAUGCCCUUCUUCUCAAGGUCAAUCAAAUUGGAUCUGUAACUGAGAGUAUUGAAGCCGUAAAAAUGUCCAAGCAAGCUGGUUGGGGAGUGAUGGCUAGCCACCGCAGUGGUGAGACUGAGGAUACAUUCAUUGCUGAUCUCUCUGUGGGUCUGGCUACGGGUCAAAUUAAGACAGGAGCCCCGUGCAGGUCAGAGCGUCUUGCAAAAUAUAACCAGCUCUUGCGUAUUGAAGAGGAGCUUGGUUCGGAAGCAGUCUAUGCUGGAGCAAACUUCCGGAAGCCUGUUGAACCCUAUUAGAAUUUUCAGGAAUUGGUGUUUACAUCUUUACAUGGGACUUGAGAGCAAAUGGGGGUUCCAAAUGCAGCGAAUAAGUUUAUACAUAGAGUGGCUUUUUAGUCAUGUGAAACUUGAGACCUUUUUCUUAAUAAUUUUCACGGCCGUUUUGUUACGAGAGCCUAAAACAAAUGCUGUACUGAGAAAUCUACUUAAUUUGAAGCAUGUUUAAUCAUUAACUA